CUCAAGUCCUCAUGUUCCUCUCUGUCUCACUGUGUUUCCUUUUGCAGUAUAUAUAGUAGUGAUGAUGAUGAUGAAGAUGUUGAGAUGUAUGAUCAUGAUUAUGAUGGUCUGCUUCCUAAGACUGGAAAACGUCACUUAGGAAAAACCAGGUGGACCCGCGAAGAGGAUGAGAAGCUGAAGAAGCUUGUGGAGCAGAAUGGUACAGAAGACUGGAAAGUCAUUGCCAAUUUCCUUCCCAAUCGGACAGACGUUCAGUGUCAGCACCGAUGGCAGAAGGUACUAAACCCAGAACUUAUUAAAGGCCCAUGGACGAAAGAGGAGGAUCAAAGGGUAAUAGAACUCGUGCAGAAAUACGGUCCAAAGCGCUGGUCUGUCAUUGCUAAGCAUUUGAAGGGAAGGAUUGGAAAACAGUGCAGGGAGAGGUGGCACAACCAUUUGAAUCCAGAAGUGAAGAAAACCUCCUGGACAGAAGAGGAAGAUAGAAUUAUUUACCAGGCACACAAGAGACUGGGAAACAGAUGGGCAGAGAUUGCAAAGUUGCUGCCUGGACGAACUGAUAAUGCUAUCAAGAAUCACUGGAAUUCCACCAUGCGCCGAAAGGUUGAGCAGGAGGGCUACCUGCAGGAGUCCUCCAAAGCCUGUCAGUCCUCAGCAGCCGCGGGCUUUCAGAAGAGCAACCACUUGAUGACCUUUGCUCACAACCCAUCACCAUCUGCCCAGCUGCCAGUAGCUGGCCAGCCCCCGCUGAGCAGUGACUACCCCUACUACCACAUCUCUGAGCCACAGAACGUUCCUGGUCAGAUCCCAUAUCCAGUAGCACUGCAUGUAAAUAUUGUCAAUGUUCCUCAGCCAGCUGCUGCAGCUAUCCAGAGACACUAUAAUGAUGAAGACCCUGAGAAAGAAAAACGAAUAAAGGAAUUAGAGUUGCUACUAAUGUCGACUGAGAAUGAACUGAAAGGGCAGCAGGCAUUACCAACACAGAACCACACAUCAAACUACCCUGGCUGGCACAGCACCACAAUUGCUGACAGUACCAGGACCAGUGGUGACAGUGCACCUGUUUCCUGUUUGGGGGAACUUCACCACUGUACUCCAUCUCCACCAGUGGAUCACGGUUGCUUACCUGAGGAAAGUGCAUCCCCUGCACGGUGCAUGAUUGUUCACCAGAGCAACAUCCUGGAUAAUGUUAAGAAUCUCUUAGAAUUUGCAGAAACACUUCAGUUAAUAGACUCCUUCUUAAACACCUCAUCCAAUCAUGAAAACUUGAACCUGGACAAUCCUGCACUUACUUCCACACCGGUAUGUGGCCAUAAGAUGGCAGUUACCAGCCCAUUCCACAGGGACCAGGCUUUCAAAGCUCAGAAGGAAAAUCAUGUUUGCAGAACUCCAGCAAUCAAGAGGUCGAUAUUAGAGAGCUCUCCAAGAACACCCACUCCAUUCAAAAACGCACUUGCAGCUCAGGAAAUCAAAUACGGUCCUUUGAAGAUGCUGCCUCAAACUCCGACUCAUCUUGUAGAAGAUCUGCAGGAUGUUAUCAAGCAGGAGUCGGAGGAAUCUGCAAUAGUGGCUGGGCUACAUGAAAGUGGAACCCCUUUGCUGAAGAAAAUCAAACAAGAGGUGGAGUCUCCAACAGAUAAAGCUGGAAAUUUUUUUUGCUCAAAUCACUGGGAAGGAGAAAACCUGAACACUCAGCUCUUUACACAUGGAUCUACUAUGGAAGAUGUGCCAAAUCUUCUCACCAGCUCCAUUCUAAAGAUGCCUGUGUCUGAAGAGGAUGGUAGUUUUCACAAAACAGUUGCAGUACCUAGAAACAGGCCUCUAGCUAGUCCUCUGCAGCAUCUGAACAAUGCAUGGGAGUCGGCGUCCUGUGGGAAGAUCGAGGAUCAGAUGGCUCUGUCGGAUCAGGCACGCAAGUACAUGGCCACCUUCCCCACCCGGACUCUGGUGAUGUGAAAGGUCGGCAGAUAGAGAAGCAUUAUGGUUUUGAGAACACUUCACCUCUGCUGGGAAAUUUGUGUUCCUCUGCAUGAAAACUUUUCAUGAAUGGGAGAAGAGCCUAUCUUUGUUGU